AACUUGCAGCUCGGCUCAAGUGCAGACUGCAGUAAUUAAAUGCUACAAGCGUCUCGUGCUUACGUAGGACUGGGUGUAAAAAAUGUUCGUGAUAAGCGACGUCUUUGCAUAGGGUGAAGAUUUCACCGGUGUUUUAAAGCUUUCCUGAACGAUUGCCUGAUUUGGGAGAUCCAGUUAAUCCACGACGCGAAACCAUGGAAAGUUGAACGCAGGAUGUCAACUCUUCUUCAGUCGUCUGUCCACCCUUUUGGUUAGUGGUGCUGUUCAUGUGGCCCAUCAGUCACUUCUGUUAUUUCCUUCAUUUGUGAAAAGCCUGAAUCAAAGAAGGCAAAUAAGAAGAAGAAGAAUGGUUCAAGUGCCAAACCAGUGAUAUCUCAGGAUAAUUAAGUGAAUAAGAAAUAAAGAAACAGAAUAUCUUGCCCUCUUUCUUGUUCCACCCUCACUUCCACUAAUUUCACAGUAAACAAUCUACAAAAGUGCUUACUUGUUUGAUGUAAUUAUUUGUAGCAAUGGAUUUUCUGAAGAAGAAACUUGAAAAAAUCUUAAAGAAACUGGGACACUAUCAAUUAAAACAGUUUUGGAAUAAGCUGGAAUCAUUUGAAAAAAAGCACAAAUGUAAGCAUAUUCCAUUAAGUAAACUGGAACGGGCUGAAAAAUCUGCUCAUCCUGCUGUAGAAAUUACUCAGCUUAUGGUUGGUCACUAUGGAGUAAAAGCUGAAGAUGUUGCUUUAGAUGUUUUAAAUGAAAUUGGAAGAAAGGACUUGGCUGUAAAAUUUAAAGAUAAUAAAGAAGAAAGCACUGUGCACUCAAAAAGAAAAAUGACUGAUUACAGCAAACAGUACAAGGAAGAAAUAAAAGAUAAUCUUGUAAAAAUAAGAGAAUAUAACAGCCUACCAGGGGAAACAGUGGAUUUCAAUGCUCGAUAUACAAAGCUAAUACUUGUGAAAAAGAAUCAACAAGUAGAAGAGAAGAAGAUGGAAUUGGAAGCAAAAGGAAAAACACACACACAUUUGAUGGAAAAGCACAGAGACUCUAGUAUUAAUAUUGAGCAUCUCUUCUCUGCAAUUGAAAAUGAAAGAAAAGAGCCAAAGACUGUGGUCAUUCAAGGCCCAUCAGGAAUUGGGAAAUCUUUCACAGUACACAAAAUCAUGCUCGACUGGGCCUCGGGUAAACUCUUCCCUGAUCGUUUUAGAUAUGUGUUUCACUUGUGCUGCAGAGAACUGCGAAUUUGGGAAAACAAUAGCUUGGAAGACUUGAUUAUGCAGUGCUCUGACACUUUAAAGCCAGCCAUACAGGAGAUACAGUCUGACCCCAAAAGCGUCUUGUUCAUUUUUGAUGGCUUUGAUGAGCUCAAACUUUUUCCAGAAGAUGGUGAGAGCAAAGAUGGCAAGAAUGUGGCUACAAGUGUGGUGAUCAAAUUGUUGAGAAAAAACAUCCUGCGUGAGGCCUCACUGUUAAUUACAACGCGUCCUACUGCUUUACAUGUACUUGAGAAAAUAGUGACAAUUGAGCGUUGUGUAGAAGUUGUAGGGUUUUUAGAAGAGGAAAUUAAAGACUAUUUUAUAAAAAGUUUCCAAAAUGAGAAAGAAGCCAUCAGUGCAUUUAAUAUAAUAGAAGAAAAUAAAGUAGUGCUGUCAAUGUGUUUUGUUCCCAUUUUCUGUUGGAUUGUCUGUUCAAUUAUGAAAACAGGUGGACAAAACUCUGAACAGAUCAUGAAAAACAUGCAGACAGAUUCUCAAGUAAUGUUACAUUUUAUAAACCAUUUGCUGGAACAUCAUUGUAUGAGUAGCACAUCUGGGAAAACAGAAUUUCUCCAGAAAGUCAAUAAAUUGGCAUUCUUUGGAAUCAGAGAGGAAAAGAGAGUGUUCACAGAAAAAGACUUGAGCAUGUGUUCUAUAAAUACAGAUAACAAUGAAACCACGUUUUUUAGCAAGCUGUUUUUUAAGGCAGAUGCUCGGAGACAUGUGUUAUACCAUUUUUUACAUUUAACAGUCCAAGAGCUUUUUGCAGCAAUCUAUUGUGUUUCUCGCUCAUCAAACGAGGAGAUAGAACAACUUUUAAAUGACUCCUUAGACACAAAGAAUCAGAGUCUCAUCCAUGUUGUACGCUUCAUAUUUGGUCUCAGUAGUGUGAAGUCACAAGAAAUAAUGGAAGAUGGUUGUCAAAUAAUGUCAAAUAACCUGAGGAUUCACCUUCACAACUGGUUUCCAAAAGCAGUAAUGUCCUUCAGGGAUAAUCCCCCUUUUCUCUUGCAGUUAUUAUACUGCUUGUAUGAGAUCCAGGAUGCACAAUUUGCUGCAUAUGCAAUGACAGUCCUUUCUCAGCUCAAUUUUAGGAGAUAUACUCUAAAUAUAAUUGACUGCACUGUGAUUAAAUACUGCAUUGAACAUACUGACUCACUGGAGCAGCUUGAUCUUUGUUGUUGCAACUUGGAAGAGAAAGAAAUAAAGAUAUUAUGGAAAGUUAUUUUUAAAAGCCAGGAUAUAAGGAUAAGUGUAAAAAAUAUGAAAAAAGAUGCUGUAGAAGAUUUCUGCAGAAUUAUCUCUGCACAAAAAAUGUAUAAUAACCUGCAACUUUAUGUUGACAAAACAACACAUAUGUAUAAUUUUCUUCUACAAGCAAACAAGAGUGAUGUCGAGACAAGUAUUUCAGUCUGUGAUGUGUCUGCAUCCUGCCUAAUCCACCUUUUCAACAAAAUAAUACCAAAGUAUAAACCUGCCUAUAUUCAAGUUUCUGGUGAGAUUGAUAGUAUAGCAGUGGAUACCUUUACUACACUCCUGAAAAGCGAAGACUAUACACCUAAGCACCUGAGCAUAAAAACCAAACUCUUGAAUGAAGCUUCAGCAAAAUGCACCUGCAAUCAUCUGUCCUCCUGUUACAAAGUCAACUUUGCAAAAUGGGAGUUAUCAAGAGAUCAUGAAAACUGGAUUACCCUAGAAUAUGAAACUGGAAUAUACAAACCAAGUGUAUAUUUUCUCAUACAUACAAAUGAAAUGAUUUUUGGCCUUAGUAGUAGAACUGAGGAGAUGUGGGAGGAAUAUGACAACAAAGAAGGUCAUAAGUUUUCAGUUUCUGGUCUUUCAGAAUUAUCUACGCUGUGCAUCUGUAAAAUGAUAAUCCCAAAAUGUAAACCUUCAGACAUUCAACUGUCAGGUGAGAUUGGAGAAGAGACAGUGAAAUCUGUCAUUGAUAUACUGAAAACUGAAAAGUACACUCCCAAAAACCUGAGAUUAGAGAGCAAGAACAUGUCUGAGGCUUCAGUGAAGGACGUCUGCUGCAUUGAGUUUAAAGACAACUUCAUUAAACAAAAUAUGUGGCAGUUAUCUCAAAAUGAAGAAGAUGAUAUAAUACUUUGCUAUUAUGGUGGUGGUUCAUGGUUAAGUAUUACAGUCUCUGGUGUUUGCACUUAUAAUUUGAAGAACAUCUGCAAAAUAGCAAUUUCAAACUUUAAGCCUGAAGCAGUUGUACUGAAUGGUGAACCAAAUGAACAAAUUGUAGCAAUUAUCAUGGAAAUAAUGAGAAAUACUGAUCUCACCCUCAAACAUCUGAGGAUAAAGAAUAGUAAUCUAAGUCAUGAAUCAGCAGAAAGAAUCUGGAACAUUUUGGCAGAAGAAAUCAAAAUGAAAAAUGUUAACUGGGAACUGGAGUCAGGGAAUCAUAAAAGUGGAUUUUCCCUGAAAUAUAACAUUGAGCAGUCUGAAUCCAGCUUUUCUGUUGAUAACAUCAAUGAAUUUAAAAUAUCAAACAUCUGCAAAAUAAUAAUUGCAAAAUUCACACCUAUGAAUAUAGAAUUAUCUGGAGAGCUUGGUGAACAUACAAUAAAGUCUACAAUUGAAAUACUGUACUCUAAAGGAUAUGCUACUCAAAAUUUGAGGAUAAGAAGUAAAACUCUGGCUGAAGCUUCAGCAGAAAAUAUAUGUGUCAUUCUCCCUGUAGACAAUAAAAUUAAAAUUAUGAAAUGGGAAAUUAAUAAAGAUGGUAAAAUGUACUUUGAACUGGAACUUAAAAAUGCCAUUUCGGAAUCAAGGUUCUCAGUUUCUGGAUUCUCAGAAACUGUUAUGGUAGGUAUCUGCAAAAUAAUAAUUCCAAAACACAAGCCUUCAGAGAUAAACAUUUCUGGGGAGUUUGGACAAGAUUCAAUAAAAUCAGUAACUGAAAUAUUGAAAAACACAGAUUAUGUUCCACAGCACCUAAGUAUACAUGGUUUCAGUCUAAGUGAAACAUCAGCAGAAAAUAUCUGCAGCCUCCUGUUUUUAGGCACAGAAGGGAAAAACAUGAGCUGGAAAUUUUCCCCACUGGAAGAAUCUGAUUAUAAAUUAAACCAUGCUGAAACGUGGAACACACUAAAAUGUAAAGUGAAUGGUUGUGAAACAAGCUUCUCAUUUUGUCAGAAAUCAGAAUGUAAUGUAAUAAAUAUCUGCAAAACAAUAAUCCCAAAAUAUAAACCUUCAGAAAUUAGACUAACUGGUGAGUUUGAUGAGGAGAUAUUGAAGUCUGUCAUCACAGUCUUUAAAGAUGAAGACUAUAGUCCUGAUUACCUGAGAUUAGUAAUCUGGAAUCUGCCUGAAACAUCAGCUAAACAUAUUGCUACCAUUUUAACUACAGAGAUAACACAGAGGAAUAAUAGCUGGGAGUUAAUAGGAUUUCGUUCAUUAAACCUUACUUAUUUUAACAUUGAUAGUGAUCAUGAUGAUUUUAUUACUGAACGAACUGUCACACUCAAGUAUGAAGCAGGUGGUGCUGAAUCAAGGUUGUCGUUCUCUGAUCUGAAUGAACAGAAUAUGACAAAUCUCUGUAAAAUAAUAGUCCCAAAAAAUAAACCUGCAGAUUUCAGUCUAUGUGGUGAAUUUGGUGAAGAAACAGUAAAAUCAUUUUUUGAAAUUCUGAAAAAUGAAGAUUACACUCCUAAAAAUGUCAGAUUACAGAUCCGGAACCUAACUGAAGUAUCAGUAGAAAAUAUCUACACAUUUUUGCAUACAGAUAAAAUGAAAUAUGUAAGCUGGAAAUUAUAUGAAGAUUAUAGCAAAUUUGAUGAAGAUUUUCUGUUUGAUGAGGAAAACCUGAUUAUACUUGAAUAUAAAGCUGAAUGUUCUGAGACAAGUUUAUCAGUCUUUAGCAGGUAUCCACCAGAGGUAAUGGAAAACUGCCAAAACAAAAUAAUUAAAUAUAGACCCCAAAACAUCAUUCUUUGUGGAGCACUUGGUGAAAAGACAUCUAAAGAUUUUCUUCAAAUUCUAAAGAAUGAAAACCACACUCCAAAAUACCUAAGCAUAGGCUGCAGUAUUCUAAAUAAUGCAAAACAGCAAAAUAUAUGCACUUUCCUGACAUCAGAAAAUGAAAUGAAAACUAUGAGCUGGGAAUUAUAUCACCGUGUUGGUGAUGAGGAUGGUUAUGACAAGAUAAGCAGGAUUUUCCUGAGACAGGAAGAUGAUGGUUCUUCAAUAAGACUUUUGCUCUCUGAUAUCUCUGAAUAUAUUCUUUUGGGAGUAUCUAAAAUGAUAAUACCAACAUAUAAACCUACAGAGAUAAAUGUGUCUGGAGUGUUUGGUGAAGAGUCAAUAAUUGACUUUAUUGACUUGUUAAAAAAUCAAGAUUACAUGCCAAAAUGUCUGCGGAUAAAGACUGACAGUCUGACUGCAGCUUCAACAGAAAACAUCUGUGCCAGUUUGUCUGCCUACAAAGAAAUGAAAUCUCCAAACAGAUGCUCGCAACCAGAAGCUAAAGAUGCAAGCAUUAAUGCUUAAAGGAGAUUCCAGCCUUUGGAACCAGUGCCACCUCUGGAUGUUUCAUUGUUGAGUUAACCAUUCCAGUAGCAUGAAGGCUAUGGUUAAAAAAAAUGUACAUUAACCAAAAAUAAUUUAGAAUUUCGACUUGACUCAACACCAAAAUUGCUUGUAUUUGGUCAAGUUUCAGCAGAGAAGGACAACAUGAAAGAGCAUGACAGACUGUGCCUCACACACACACACACGAUACUUGCCCAAGGAAGAUCAAUUCACUACAAAAAGACACUUUUAAUUUUAAAUCUCAUAAAAUGACAAACCAAGAUGCACUUUUUUUAUUUACUUUAUUUUAUAUUUACAUAAUUUUUAAUUUUUUUACUAUUUACGUCUAAGAUUUCUUUAGAGGUGUGCUUUACUUUAUUAUGCAUUUCAAUCCCUAAAUCAAUUAUUUCUUUCUCUUGUUUCACUUUAAUUAGUAUAAUGAGUGCAUUCUUUAUAAAAUGUGUAUAUGCUAUAGUUUUUGUUUAUGGUGCUUUUACGAUUUCGUAUUUGUAAUAUACACAAUAUCUGUAUGUAAUUUGAUUGUUUGGUGGUUAAUAUAGUUAUGGUAAAGAGCUUUAUGAUUAAAUUCUACCAAAUGGGGUA